AUGAUGAAGACAGAAAUGGUAAAGAAACCUCUUGAAUGUGGUUGCAAAGGAAUUAGAUUUUGUGCAUUGUGCAAGGAUUCACUAAGAUGUUUUAUUUGUGACGUUAAAAUUCCAAAUUUUAGAGUUUCUAAGUUGACGUUGACAAAAGAAUAUCCAUAUGCGCAUUAUAAAAAAUACAUCUAUUCGAUACGCCAUGGUAUGGCAAUUCUUGACGAUUCAUUAUCUGAACGUCCAAAUCUGGAUGAUGUCCAUGAUUCUGCUGAUGCCAAGAAUAGGAUUGAUAGUUUGCCUAAAGAUAGUUUAGUCAUUUCUGGUUUACAUAUCGUGUUGGAUUUUUUAAAUGAAGAAGAGGAAAUGGAUCUUGUCCAAACAAUUGAUAAAACUGAAUGGGUUCUUUCACAAUCGGGCCGUCGAAAACAGGAUUAUGGCCCUCGUGUCAAUUUCAAACAUAAAAAAAUUAAAAUUGAUCGAUUUGUGGGUAUGCCAGUGUAUGUUGACACAAUAUUGAACAAAAUGAAUGCCGUAUCUCACGAUCUGUUGGGUUCUUAUCAACCACUCGAGUUAUGCAAUUUGGAAUAUGACGAUAGUCGAUGGUCGACUAUUGAGAUGCACUGCGAUGAUACUUGGAUUUGGGGUGACCGUCUGAUUAGCUUGAAUCUCUUAAGCAAUUCCGUGUUGACAUAUGCACAUGAGGAUAAGAAUGUUAUUGUUUAUGUGCCUGUGCCAAGAAGAAGUAUAGUGUGUAUGACCGGCGAAAUUCGGUAUUCGUGGAAACACGCUGUUUUUCCAGAACAUAUCAGAGGUCGAAGGAUUGCGCUGACAAUGAGAGAACCUAGUUCAGCGUUUAAGAAAGAAGGCGAGUUAUAUGAAAAAUAUGGUCGUGAACUAACACGCUUGGGAAAUAUUCGCAUAUGA